AUUUCGCAUACAGUGAAUUUGAGAUUCAAUAGAAUUAAAAUGAUUUAAUAUUAUAAACAGCUUCGCAUAGUAAUUUCUAGAAACUUUAAUAGAAAUUAUUAGAGUUUGAAAUAAUCUUUUAUAGAAAUAAAAUAAUUAAAUAUCAAAGUGAUGCAAAAGACAAUCUCACCUAUAGUGAAAUGGGCUUAAAGAAAGGACAAUGUGUUUUUGACAGUUGAAGUGAGAGAUUUGAAGGAUGAAAAAGUCGAGUUGACUACAAGUUCACUCAAAUUUUCAGCUAGUGCAGAGGGUGUUAAUUAUGUUUUUGAAAUUAACUUCUUCGCUGAUGUUGUUGUUGAAGAAAGUAAAUGGACCAAUUAUGGAUUGAAUGUCAGAUUCAUUUUAUCUAAGAAGGAUAAAACUGCUUCAUAUUGGACUAGAUUAAUUAAAGAGCCACAUAAAUUACAAUACUUAUAGGUCGAUUGGACUAAGUAUAUUGAUGAGGAUGAUGAAGCCGAAGAAGGAGGCAAGGGUUUGGAUGAUUGGGAUUAGAACAAAUUCCAAAAUUUCGAUUAAGGCGGUGCAGACGAAGAUGAUGAAGAGGCUGAAGAGGAAUAGCCUAAAGAGGGAAAUGUCGAUGAUUUAGAGAAUGAAGAGGAAGUCUAAAAAAAUGAUCAAGCACCAUAGGAAGGCGAAUAAGAGAAAUAAGCAGAGAGUAAUUGAUAAAGAUAUUAUAAUUAUGUUUAAAUAUGAAGAUGAAUGUGUUCUGUCAUUUAAUACUAUAAUAAAGGUUAAUUGUUAGUUCUUUCUGAA